UCCGCAGCGGUGUAUGCCUUCCUGGCACGGCUUGGGGGAGAAGACGUCUUAGACAUCCUCAAUGGCAACGACAUUAACCGUUUAGAUAAUAUCAUAACGUUGUGUCGCUACUUGCACGAGCCCUUUGAUAAAUUGCAAAUGUAUCUCACUGCCAUUAAGGUAUGGGUUUAUAACUGCCGCGAUCAUACAUAUGCUGUGGAGACUCUCUUCGACAAAAUGUUAUCCCACAUUCCUGAGAAUCCAGUCACUUUCACGACGGAUGACCCAGAAAAUUUUCCCCUCCCUUCACCUUUUUUGCUCGCCCUUCACCGAGCAUGUGCACGAGUUGCCCAUUUUUCGGGUGCCUUUUAUCAGGACGAUGAUUGA